CCCCGCGGCAACACGUCCUCGCGCCAUCCUCUUCUUCCCCGACAGCUCGCCAAACUCCCAACCAUCUAUCCAUCCGCGCCGUCCAUCCCGGCCCGUGCGCUGCCACAACCUCUUUCCAGGGUCGACUCGGAGCUGCGGACGCGCGCCAUAUAAGCACGCCCCGCGGCCUCCGAGCAACGCCGUGCCCGCCCCGACCUCAGACUCCCGUCGCCAGCCGCUCUCCUCCCCUCUCCUCCCCUCGCGCCGGCCACGAUCGAGGCACACAUGGCGACGAUGACGACCACGACCACGACGAAGACGGCGCUGCGCCACCGCGGGUGCUGCGGGCACGCGCCGGCGCCGGAGUCGGAGGAGGACGGCCGCGACCUGGUGGCGCUGUCGAGCGCGGCGGCGGAGGGGCUGGGGAAGGAGGCUGCCAGGUGGGCCGGCGGGCUGCCGCGGCUGAAGCGGUUCGAGGAGCUGCCGGACUACCUCCGCGACAACGAGUUCAUCCGCGGCGGCUACCGCUGCGAGUGGUCCGUCCGCGACGCGCUCCGCAGCGUCUUCGCCUGGCACAACGAGACGCUCAACGUCUGGACCCAUCUGGGGGGCUUCUUCCUGUUCCUGGGCCUCGCUGUCGCCGGCCAGACGGAGUGGCGGCCGGCCGGAGCAGCCGCGGCGCCGGGGUUCAUGACGAUGGUGAUGACGUCGGCCAACGCGUCGUCGUUGGCGACCAACAACAGUUCGAGCCUGGCGAUCCAGAGCGCGUUGGCGUCGGGCAUGGGCGGCGCGGGGCACGCGGUGGCGCGGUGGCCGCGGACGGUGUUCGUGUCGGGGGCCAUGACGUGCCUGUCGGUGAGCGCGGCGGCGCACCUGCUGGCGAGCCACUCGCGCCGCUUCAACCGGCUCUUCUGGCAGCUCGAUUACGCCGGCAUCGCCGUCAUGAUCGUCGCCUCCUUCUUCCCGCCGGUCUACUACACCUUCCUCGGCAGCCCCGCAGCGCAGCUCGCCUACCUCUCGGCCAUCACGCUCCUCGGCGUGCUCGUCGUGGCGGCGCUCCUGGUGCCCGCGCGCUCGUCGCCGCGGCUCCGGCACCUCCGCGCGGGCCUGUUCGUGUCCAUGGGGCUCUCGGGCGUCGUGCCGGCGCUGCACGCGCUCUGGCUCAACUGGGGCCACCCGGAGUGCUACAUGGCGCUGUCGCUGGAGCUGGCCAUGGGGCUCGUGUACGCCACGGGCGCCGGGUUCUACGUCGCGCGCGUGCCGGAGCGGUGGCGCCCCGGCAUGUUCGACUGCGUCGGGCACAGCCACCAGAUCUUCCACGUGCUGGUGCUCGUCGGCGCCGUCACGCACUACGCCGCCACCGCCAUCCUCAUCGGCUGGCGCGACGCCCUGGCCGCGGCCGCGUCGGCGCUCUUGUGACGCCGCGCGUCGUAGGAUGCGAUAUUCAUUAUUCAUGUACGCGUAGGCGUAGGGCGUGCCAUUGAUUCGUUGAUUCGUGUACCUAGCUUAGAUGAUUCUUUGAACGUGUAUCAGAUGAUGUUUGUGCUCU